AUGUGUUUUAUUGCAUGGCUCGUCGCCCUCUCUGGAGUAGCCGAAGCGGGCGAAGUCCUGUGGAGCGGGUUAUUCAACGCGUCGGCGACGGUUGCCGACUUUGACGAAUGGUCAUGGUCUAACCAAGUCGGCGCUUGGCAGUGGUAUAUUCACGGGACAGCAUCCACGGACCAGUAUCUGGGUCUCUCGCCUGAUCACAAGAACCCGGCCGAUACCAGUGAUGAACAGGGCAUCCGGAUCACAAUCGAUGGCACGUCGUUCUGGAAUGGACAAACUAUGGAACGAUCCGAGAUCAUUCCUCAGACAAAGGCGGAUCUUGGGAGCGGGCAUCUGUUCUACCAUUUCUCGCUGAAGACAGAGGACACGAAUGCACCAAAUGCGAGCUUCGAGCAUCAGAUCGCGUUCUUCGAGAGUCAUUUCACUGAGCUCAAAUACGGCACCCUGAGCGGCGCUUCGGGCGAAGACAACGCGCUUCGUUGGUACGUCGGUGGGGUGUCGCACUGGGAAACCGACCUGAAAGCAGGGCAGUGGUACAACUUCGCGUACGAUAUCGAUUUUGACGCGAAGACUGUGGGGCUGUGGGCGUCAGAUGGGUCCGAUGACCUCACGCAGGUUGUGUCGGCUGUCAGCGCGUCGACUUCGACAAAUUCCGCGGAUUGGCAUGUCGGCGAAUUGAGGCUCGACAAUGGGGGCUUGGAUGCAGCUGCCGAGGAUUGGUUUUGGUCUGGCAUCUUUGUCGAGGAGGCUCCGAUCACGUCUAGUAUUGCAGGUCCUGCGUAA